AUGCUGCUGCGACAUUGGCGACCUCGAAGCGCCCCGACGUCUUGCCUGCGACUAUUCUCUCAGUCAAGUCGAAGGCAGGAAAUCCGUGAUCUCGCUCAAUUGCCAGAUCGAAUUAUUCCCAAAUACCUUGAGAGUCAACAAAGCGACCUCCUCUCCUUGCAGUGGCCCUCUCCGCCACGAAACAUACUCUUCGUCAAGAAAGAUGGUGCCCCGGCCGUGACGGAGUCGAUGAUAGAGUACGCGAAUUAUAUACAUCAAAAUUACGAAAAUGUGUCUCUCAUAUUCGAACCGCAUGUCGCAACAUCUGUCCAGUCAUCCAUACCGUUUCCGAUCUACACGACCUCUGACAGCUCUGUUCUCUCGAAAAAGGCCGAUAUGACAACCACCCUGGGCGGCGAUGGUACAAUUCUACAUGCCUCCGCCCUCUUUUCCACAACAACCCAUGUUCCACCACUCCUAUCUUUUAGCAUGGGUACGCUUGGGUUCUUGGGCGAAUGGAAAUUCGAGGAAUUUAAACGCGCCUUCCGUGAAGUCUACAUGUCAGGCGCAGCAGCCGGUUCGCACCUCUUCCAGGACCAGCAGCACCCGCACGUUCAAGACAUAGCCGGCGGCGAGACAGGAGAUGUGACCGGCUGGUCAUCUAUACGGGGAAAAUCUAUGGGAACAUCCAGGUUAUCAAAGGUCCUGUUGAGGAACAGGCUGAAAGUAGGCGUAUUUGAUGCGAAUGGGCAGAAAGUCAAUAGCGAUGGCACGGUGGAGAGCGAAGUGCGCGAUAUCCACGCCAUGAACGAGGUUAUCAUCCACAGAGGUGCAAACCCUCACAUGGCAAUCAUCGAGAUCUUCGUUGGUGGAAGAUUUUUAACUGAAGCAGUGGCGGAUGGGAUGAUCAUUGCCACACCGACGGGAUCCACAGCAUACAGUCUCUCGAGUGGGGGUAGCAUUAUUCACCCCCUCGUGAGUAGCCUGCUCAUGACACCUAUUUGUCCGAGAAGCCUCAGUUUCCGACCACUUGUCUUACCUGCAAAUACGCCACUGACGCUGCGAUUAAGCGAGAAAAACCGUGGUCGAGAGUUGGAGGUUAGCAUCGAUGGAAAGCGUAGCAGCAUGGGAGUUGCCUGUGGCAUGGAAAUUCGGGUUCUAGGGGAGGAUAUUAAGCGCCCAGAUGGAGCCUGGUCUGGUGGCGUACCAUGCGUGAUGCGGGGGACAAAGAGCGGGAUGAAGCAUGAUGAUGGGUGGGUUGGGGGGCUGAACGGGCUGCUGAAAUUCAACCAUCCGUUCGGCGAGGGAUAG